AUGCAAGUGAGGAAAAAUUCUUUUCGUGAGCUAUUCAAAUUAAUCGGGAAAGUCAAUGGAUAUGAGGCACGUUCGGCAUGUUAUCACAAUUUAAUUGAUGUUUUCAACUCACGACUAUCCUUUAAAGAAAUGGGUAAGGUAAAGUUUUUAUCAGUCAGUCCUACUUUAGACAUGCAAUUGAAAGCUGUUCUCGCAAUAUGUGGCGUGUUUCUUGGCUGCUGCUCGAACGUUGUGUUUUUAGAAUUAAUAGUGAGGUUUGAUCCAGCUGCUGGACAUUUAGUGACAUUUUCACAAUUCUUUUUCAUUGCUAUUCAUGGACUUAUAUCAACAUCAAAAUUCUUUUCCGUAAAGCGAAUCAUACCAAUGAGGGAUUAUGCAAUUUUAGUCACGAUGUUUUACGUAUCGACUGUUUGUAAUAACUAUGCAUUUAAUUUUAAUAUUCCAAUGCCAUUAUUGAUGAUAUUUCGGUCAGGUUCACUAAUGGCAAAUUUGAUUUUGGGAAUAUUAAUUUUAAAUAAGAAGUACGAUUUAUGGAAGUAUUUAUCAGUCAUAUUGAUAACAAUUGGCAUUUGUAUUUGCACAAUUGUUUCUGGAAUGAGUUUAGACAUAAAAGGUGAUAACAAUUCCAGAGAUAAAGACUAUGGAUUUAGUAUGUUAUUCUGGUGGUGCAUUGGAAUCGGUAUGUUGACAAUAUCACUGUUUGUAUCGGCUAGAAUGGGAAUAUUUCAAGAAGUUCUGUUUAAAAAGAAUGGAAAACAUCCAGAUGAAGCUUUAUUCUAUGCGCAUUUACUGCCACUACCUGGAUUUAUUCCACUUUUGUCAAAUAUCCUGGAUCAUGCAUCUAUUGCAUUUCAAUCAUCACCAGUUUUUAUUCCUAUAUUAGCAAUUGAGAUGCCCAUACAAGUGCUUUAUAUUAUUGGAAAUAUGCUUACGCAGUUCUUAUGCAUUCGAUCAGUUUAUAUCCUCACAACUGAAUGCUCAUCAUUGACAGUGACAUUAGUCGUAACAUUAAGAAAAUUUGCAUCAUUAUUAUUUUCAAUAUUUUACUUCCGGAAUCCAUUCACAUCAUAUCACUGGCUUGGUACUCUAUUUGUUUUCAUCGGAACUGUGAUAUUUGUUGAAAUAAUACCUAAAAUAAGAGACUCUUGUGAGACAAGAAAGCAAAUGAAAACAAUUGAUAAGUUUUAUCUUGAUGAUACGCCACGUGUGCAUGUGAGUUAUAAGCCAUUGCCUCAAGAUGACGAGAAACAUAAUUUAGAUGAUAACUGAUGAAUAAAUCAAAUGUGUGUAUGUAUAUAUGAAAUCAUAAAAUAACUACGAGACUGUAAAUCAAUCAUGACGACAUUAAUUAUCCAAUUUCCCUUAAAAUCUAAUCCUGCCUCUCUCUGUUACGGACCAUGAAUGAUCAGUUGACUUCAUUAAACUACCGUACUCGUUUAAUUUCAUGGUAAUUUUCCUCAAUUACAUCGUCAACAAUACAACAAUCUACCAAAACAAAAGGCACAUUUGGAAACCUUCUUUUAUACAUUUCCGACCACUCUUCUCUGUCACAUAAUUAAAAACCAUUCACAACUCCACCCAUUAUGCAUCCUACAAGUUGAUUUUCUUAUGAAACAAGAACACAAGCCACAAAUUUAAUUUUAAAUUCACCCUUAGCAGCAUGCCGAUGGAGAGGGAAAAAGUGUGUGUCGUGGAAAAUUGAGAAUUUUAGUGUGUGCCUGCAUAGAAGUAGGGAAAAUAAAAGUAUAACAAAAUACUAUUUUAUUGCUUUAAUCGGAG